UGUAGUCGUCGGCUGAAGUCGUUUCGUGUCAUAACGUGUACAGCAGGCUGCAUACAAUAACGAUGUUAUAAUCAGUUGUAGUCGUAAUAGUCGUACUCGUGUUGUCAGUUUACCAGGUUUACCAUUUUGGCGCGGAUUACUAUGUUCAACUCUCGCCGUCCCGCCAAAAUCGUUUUGUGUUAUAAUUUUGAUUGUUUUAUUCUGUGAUUCACUGCCUCACCGGCGCCAGAGCUGCCCUUUGUCAGCCGCCAGUUCGCCAUUUUCGUCCCUGUUCACUGUGUCUACCGCACUACCGUCUACCGCUUACAUUUCACAUUUCGUAUAUUGAUUGUGUCCUGACGAAGAACGAUAAUGUUCAACUGGAUUUCGUGAAAACAGGAUAGUACCUCUGCCAUUGAAGUGACAAUAACGAGUAACUUAAGAUACAUUUUUGAAUAGCGCUGAUAGCAAUAGUCAAUUGCUGCAGUCAUGUAUGUGCAAGUAAGAAUGAUGGACACUGGCGUGUCGGUCACAAUACCCACGUCCAGGACAACAGUGCUCAAAGAAUUUAAAAAACUUGUUGAGGAAAAAUUCAACAUUAAGCCAGAAAAUCAAAGAUUGUUUUUUGCUGGCAAACAACUGGAAGACCAAUAUAGGCUAUUUGAUUAUGGCGUUAAUGUAAAUGAUGUUAUUCAAUUAAUGGUUAGGGCAGCUGCUACUAAAAUAGACUCUCCAAAAAAAUCAAAAGACACAAUAAGUUCAAAAAAAGAUGUGCCUACUCCUAGCUGUUCUUCUACCACUAGCUCAAUAUCAAAUGAAGAUGAUUCUGAGGAAAGUAAAUAUUUUAAAGUUGGUGAUUAUGUUGAUGUAAAAGAUUAUACGUAUGGAUCAUGGUUUAUUAGUAAAUUAAUCAAGAUAAAAAAAGAUAGCUGUGUAGUAAAUAAACCAAAUGAUCCUAAAAGUCCAGUGGAAAAUGAUGGGCUAAUUUAUGUUGCAGAGAUCUUAGGAUGUCCCGAAGAACCUCCCAUCGAAGUUCAAUUGCAAGAAAUACGGCCUCAUGCUUUUGAUAUUUUGCCUUUUGAAAAUUUAAAAGUAAAUGAUAGAGUUCUCAUGAAUUAUAAUGUUGAUUAUCCUCAAGAACGCGGUUAUUGGUAUGAUGUUCUGGUAAAAGAAAAAAAAACUAAUAGAAGAGGCCGUAAUGUUAUUGGAGAUGUAUCUGUUGGGAUAGAUAAUGUAGUGUUAAAAAAUUGUCAAUUGAUGUUUCUCGAUGAUAUCUAUAGAAUAAAACCCUAUCAAUUACUUUCGGAGCGGACACCAGAAGAUGAUAAAAUUAUGCAAACUGAACCUGUUGUUAUGAGAGCGGCUGCUUUGUAUUGUAUUAAGUGCAAAGACAACUCAGACAAAUCAUGUAAGGAAUGUGGGUGUCGCAUUUGUGGUGGUAAAGAAGAUGAAGAUAAACAGUUAAUGUGUGAUGAAUGUAAUCAUCCUUACCAUAUGGAAUGCCUUACGCCACCCUUAAAAGAGAUGCCACGUGAUGAUUGGUAUUGUCCGUCAUGUAAAAAUGAUGAGAAUGAAAUUGUCAAAGCUGGUGAAAAAUUAAAAGCUUCAAAGAAAAAGACACCAGAAUCUAUGUCAACAUCUAAAAGAGACUGGGGUAAGGGUAUGGCAUGUGUUGGGAGAACCAAAAAGUGUAAUAUUGUGCCAUCAAACCAUUUUGGCCCCAUUCCUGGUGUUGAGGUUGGGACUACAUGGUUAUUUCGUGUACAAGUAUCUGAAGCUGGCAUUCACCGUCCUCCUGUUGGAGGAAUACACGGUAGAGACAAUCAAGGUGCGUUUAGCAUUGUGUUGAGUGGAGGUUAUGAGGAUGAUGUUGACAAUGGCGAUGAGUUCUUGUAUACUGGUUCUGGUGGACGUGAUUUAUCAGGAAACAAACGUACUGCUCUGCAGAGUUGUGACCAAGAAUUGACACGUUAUAAUAGAGCUUUAGCACUCAAUUGCAAUGCAAAAAUAGAUAGUGAAAAAGGAGCAACAGCUGUGGAUUGGAAGAAAGGAAAACCAGUUAGAGUCGUUCGAAAUUAUAAACUUUGUAAGCAUUCAAAAUAUGCACCAGAGUUGGGAAAUCGGUAUGAUGGUAUUUAUAAAGUAAUAAAGUAUUAUCCUGAAACUGGAAUAUCAGGAUUCACUGUAUGGCGUUUUGUUCUAAAGCGUGAUGAUCCCACGCCAGCUCCUUGGACAACACAAGGCAAAAAGCGUAUAGCGAAAUUAGGUCUUAAAAUCAUUUAUCCUGAAAAUUAUAUACCAACUGUUGCUAACCAAGACAUAAAAUCAAAAUUACCUGGAUCUAAAAAAAAAAGAACACUACAGGACGCUGACAUUGAGGAUAAUGAGCAGUGUUUGGAAGAAGAAGUCACUGAUUGCUCUAAAAAAAAAUCAAAAAUUCUGUAUAAACUUGAAAAAGAAGCAGAAAAACUUAUUACAGCUGACAUUGCCAACCAAAAAUAUUGGAAAGACUGUAAAGAAUUUUUAGAAAAAGGCAAAAAAGCAUUUUUAGAUAGAGUUGAAGAAGUGUUUUCUUGUAUAUGUUGUCAAGAAAUUGUCUUCGAACCAAUUACAACUGAAUGUUCUCAUAAUAUUUGUAAAGGAUGUCUUAGAAGAUCAUUCAAUGCUAAUGUGUUUCAAUGUCCGUCGUGUAGAGCAGAAUUAGGAAAGAGUUAUUCCAUGAAUGUGAAUAUGAAAUUAGCUAAAACUCUGUUGUUUUUGUUUCCAGGAUAUAAUUUAGAUCGUUAAUUCACAAUUUUCAAUAAUUCUGCCUAUGUAAAUAUUAAUUGAUUACAGUACAAAACAUACUCGCUCCCUCAGAAUAGACUGUAUAUUAAGACCUAUUAGGCGCGUUUAUAUUCACAUUAAUUUAUUUUAUCAAUUAUGUAUUUAUGUAUUAGCUUAUAUUUUUGAUUCUAACUUUUUGAUGACUAUUAAUUAAAAACUAUUUUUUAUCUAAUGCCCACGUAUUAAUUUAAGUAAAUUAAUAAUUAAUAAAAUUAGAUAAAAUUUGCUAUUUUGUCAUAUUUUCGUUGAAUAUUACAUAUUAUUUAAAUA